AUGAAUUCAACUGUGCAGAAUAAUAAGAAUCCAAAACACGAACAUCAUUCUCCUCACCAUAGAUGUUCUCAUUUGAAUAAAACUUAUGAAAAAAUUCAACGAAAUUCAAUUGUUGACAAUUCUCAUGUCUUAUUACCUGAUCAAAAUGUUCGUGAUCUGACUGAUGUUUAUCGACGUGACAAACACUUUUUAGAACAACAAAGUAAUACUACACCACAGAAUCAAACAGUAAUCGAUACCAAGCAAGCUGAAAAUUUUGAGUCAAAAUAUUGUGUUAAAGAAAAUUAUUAUUCUAUUCCUUGCACUUGUGAUACUUCAUUCGUUGGACGAAUAAUUCAAAAUUUUUUCGAUCGAAUGAAAUUUGGUGUUGAAUUUUUUCUUUUCAUGGGCGACGUUAUUCAACAUCGUAAUCAAUUCGUCGAAUACAAUUAUCCAUUUAUUCCUCAUUCCACAUGCAGUAAUGAAAUGGCAACAUUGAAUGAAAUACGCAAUCAGCUAAAUACUAGACCUACACCAGUAAAACAUACCACAACAAGCACAUACUAUGAUAUUCACUGA